UGUAGGUCGGGCAACGCCUGUCAGAAUGAAUUGUCAUCUAUGACUGUGUGGUAUUUCGCAUUAUCCGUUUCAUCGGUUUGGAAUGCAACUUUCCGUUAAAAGGAGGGUUCAGGUUAACGUUCAAUCGUGUGGCUUGGAAAUUUGCACGUCAGCCAGCUGGCUUCUGAAAAAAUUUGGCUGGUACUUGUCGGUAUCUAAAUUUUGGUCCAAGAUGUCAAACCCUGCAGAGCGUAUAAGUUAUGUGCAAGAUAGUAGUAGCGACACGGAAACAGAUAAAGAAAGUGGUAGCACAGGAAGACAUCGUAUUUAUAAGAACAGAAUGAGUUGUGGUGGCUCUUCCAAACCAAAAUCUUGUCUGGUACAAAGAGAUGGAAGCAAUGAAAGGCACUGUCAUUCCUUCAAUUCUGGCAGACAAAACACAAAUGUUAAUCAACAAAACAGACUUUGCUCUGGAGUUGGCAUUGGAAAAAGUCAACAAACUCAAAGUCGAGAUAAUUUACCGUCGUCGGGAUCUAUUACGGGCAUAAGCAAUCCACAAGCUAGCGAUGAACGAAUUACUCUUAUCGUCGAUAAUACUAGAUUUAUUGUUGAUCCAGCGCUGUUCACCGCAUAUCCAAAUACAAUGUUAGGUAGAAUGUUCAGUUCUGGUGUUGAAUACGCUCAACCAAACGAACGCGGUGAAUACGAGGUUGCAGAUGGUAUAUCCGCAAUGGUAUUUAGAGCUAUCCUUGAUUAUUACAAGGGUGGAAUAAUUCGUUGCCCGCCAACGGUUGCGGUUCAAGAACUGCGAGAAGCUUGCGACUAUCUCCUUGUUCCAUUUGACGCCAGUACAGUCAAGUGUCAAAAUUUAAGAGGUUUAUUACAUGAGUUAUCUAACGAAGGCGCACGCUGCCAGUUUGAAGUGUUCCUCGAGGAUUUGAUAUUGCCACUGAUGGUAAACAGCGCGCGUAGAGGUGAUCGUGAAUGUCACAUUGUCGUUUUAUUGGAAGAUGAUACCGUCGACUGGGACGAAGAGUAUCCUCCGCAAAUGGGAGAAGAGUAUUCCCAAACUGUUAAUAGUACCGCGAUGUAUCGGUUUUUCAAGUACAUCGAAAACAGAGACGUAGCCAAGCAAGUAAUGAAGGAACGGGGUUUAAAAAAAAUCCGUUUAGGUAUCGAAGGCUAUCCUACGUACAAAGAGAAAAUCAAAAAGAGAGCAGGAGGACGCGCAGAGGUCAUUUACAAUUACGUACAGAGGCCUUUCAUUCAUAUGUCCUGGGAGAAAGAGGAGGCGAAAAGUCGUCACGUCGAUUUCCAAUGCGUGAAAUCAAAAUCCGUGACGAAUCUAGCGGUAUUAGACGUCGGCGGAAACCCGAUAGGGAUUGGUCUGUUGCAAGCAACAGAGCUGGUGUCCCAACCGGAAGUCGUGCCGGCGGUCGGUUCGGACGCCGACGUCGAAGGUGCCAUAGGUUUACCAGCUGAUCAAGAUCUUGGUUCAAUACCAUCCGACGAGUUACCAUGAACAUUAGUUCUAAAAUUGAGGUUGAACAGACUACCACGUAUUUACGGAUCGCUUUCUUCAUGCGUCAAUUUCUAAUGUUAGUCAGACUCGCUUAUCUCACUGUUCCGUUUCCCAUUGGAUAAUCAAGCUGCGAAAGUACAAAGUUGAUUCUCCAAAGAGAAAGCUUCGACAUGUUUUACAUAUUUUUAUAAAAUAAUCGAUAUUAGUUAAAUGAAAUCGCUUGUAUGUAAACGAUGUUACGAAUGAAGGCAAGGAGGGCAGAUCUCUCGUGGGUUAGGCAAGUCUGAUAUUGACCCAGUGGAAAUAACAAUACCGUGAAAUUAUCGCAUCUUGUGGAUGUUCAUAUAGUAUCUUGUGAUAGCCCUCGUACGUGGCGUUCAAAUUAGUUUAAUAAUAAUCGUUGCGACUUUUUCAAUUUUGUAUGUAACGUUAAAUAUUUCUUAUAAUAAUUACGUGUCAACUACGAAAUAAUGAUUCGUUCGGUAUGUAUUUGCAAAGAGCAG